AUGGCUUCAAAAGUAUGGUCAGAAGAUCGAUUCAGCUGUCCAGUGUGUCUGGAGAUAUUGAAGGACCCAGUCGCUAUUCCAUGUGGACACAGUUACUGUAUGGGGUGUAUUAAGAACUGCUGGAAUCAGACUGAUCUUACAGGUGUCUACAGCUGCCCCCAGUGCAGAAAGACCUUUACCCCGAUGCCUGAUCUGUGCAGAAACACCAUGCUGGCUGAAGUUGUGGAGGAAUUAAAGAAGACAGGACUCAAUCCUCCUCCUGCUCAAAGUUAUGCUGGACCUGGAGAUGUGCCAUGUGAUGUCUGCACUGGGAGAAAGUUCAAAGCUGUGAAAUCCUGUUUGACGUGCCUGGCAUCUUACUGUGAAACACACGUCAGGCCACACAGUGAGGUUUCUCCAUUAAAGAGGCACAAGCUGGUCAAUGCAAUUGGAAAUCUGGAGCAGAAGCUUUGUGCUGAACACCAACGAUUAUGUGAAGUCUUCUGUAGAACUGAUCAGACGUGUAUUUGCUUGUUGUGUUCACAAAAUGAACACAAGAGCCAUGAUACAGUCUCAGCUGAGGCAGAAAGGACUGGCAAACAGAAGCAGCUGGGAGAGACACAGACAGAAAUACAACAGAGAAUCCAGGAGAGACUGAAAGACGUGGAUGAGCUGAAACAGGCUGUGAAGUCACUGAAAAGAUCUGCAUGCAUAGAAAUAAAGGAAAGUGAGAAGAUCUUUACUGAGCUGAUCCGAUCCAUUGAGAAGAUCCACACUGAGGUUACUGAGCUGAUUGGAGCUAACGAGAAGGCUGCAGUGAAUCAGGCUGAAGGAUGCAUGAAGAAACUGGAGCAGGAGAUUGCUGAGCUAAUAAACAGAAACUCUGAGCUGAAACAGCUUUCAGAGACAGAGGAUCACAUCCAUUUUCUACAGAAUUUCCAGUCUCUCUGUGCCCCUCCUGAAGCUGGAGACUUACCCAGCAUUACUGUCAAUACAGACAUCUCUUUUGGGGCUGUGAGGAAAGCUGUAUCUGAACUUAAAGACCAUAUUGAGGACUUCUGCAAGGGGGAAUUAGUCAAAAUAACCAAAACAGUGAAUGAAGUUGCAGUUUACAGUCUGCAGGCUCCAGAGCCAAGGAACAGAGCUGAGUUUUUAAAAUAUUCCUGUCAGCUCACACUGGACCCCAACACAGCAUAUAGAAACCUCUGUCUGUCUGAAGGGAACAGAAAGGUGACACGGAGGAGAGAGACCCAGCGAUAUCGAGAUCACCCGGAGAGAUUUGAUAGCUGGCCCCAAGUGCUUUGCAGAGAGGGUUUGUCUGGGACUCGCUGUUACUGGGAGAUUGCGUGCAGUGGGGGAGGGGCUUCUAUAGGAGUCACAUAUAAAGGAAUCAGCAGGAAAGGAGGGGAUCAUUAUUCUAGUCUUGGAUUCAAUGACAAGUCCUGGAGUUUGCGCUGCUCUGAUUUCAGUUACACUGCCCGGCACAAUAACAAUCACACUGCAAUAACUGCCCCCCGCUCCCCCAGAAUAGGAGUGUAUCUGGACUUUAAUGCCGGCACGCUGUCCUUUUAUGGCGUCUCUGACACAAUGACCCUCCUGCACAGAUUCCAAACCACAUUCACUGAGCCGCUCUAUCCUGGGUUUUGGCUUUGGGGUUCUGAUUCCUCUGUAACAAUCUGCCAUCUGAACUAGACUGUUUUGUGUUGUAAGAAACCCUUUGUAUUGAACUCCCUGUCUGUCCUCUCCACUCCUCGGGUGAAGUGAAUGUUCAAUCUGACGCAAUUUUGGAUGAAAGUUAGGGGGUAAAACGGCGCCACCUGAAGAGCGAAACGAGAGGAAUUAUUUGUUUUUAACAACAAAUGGAUUU